AUGUCUUGGCUUCUACAACUUAGUUUAUUCUUAUCGCUCUACGGCUGUUUUUGCCAAACAGUGGACUCAGAAACGGAAAUUAUAAAUACUCCGGAAAAAGCUACUCCACCUCCACCGUCACCGCUCGACGAUUGUGAUCCGGAGAUGAUCGGAUUUGAGCUCAUCACCGGAAACGUAUUUUCGGCGCCAGGAAAUGUGUUGGACUCGAUUCCUGGAACGCUGAUGCUUACGGAUUGUUUAGAAACGUGUCAAGGAAAUGAAAGCUGUCAGAGUGUCAAUUACGAGACCGGGUUGUGCGUGCUCUUCAGCUCUAACGCGGAUUCUUUACCUGGUGCCCUAACUCGUUCCCAGUUCCCGGUGUUUACCAUCUAUGCUCAGAAGAGUUGUCUCGGGGUGAAACCUUGCGAGAGAGCUUGGUGUAUAGACCGAGUGCAAAAUCACCGACUGACAGGAUAUGUAAGCAGCCGGCAAGUCGUUGGAUCCCGUCAAGAGUGCCUUGAAUUAUGCCUUGGGGAGAGCGAAUUCUCGUGCAGGUCUGCCAAUUAUCAUAAUGCAUCAGGUAACUGCGAACUCUCCAAAAUGGACCGCAUAACCGUAGCAGGUAGUACGGCGUUCCAACCCGCUGAUGGCGUCGAGUACAUGGAAAAUAACUGCAUCGAAGAGCCCACUAAACUUUGCGAAUUCAAGAAACUAAGUGGCAGAAUCUUAAAAACUGUCGACUCUGUGUACCAGGACGUCGGAUCUGUAGAUGAAUGUAGAGAACUCUGCUUGAACAGCCCCUACAGAUGCCACUCCUACGACUACGGUGACACCGGUGAGAUGGUCUGCAGAUUGAGCCACCACUCCAGAGCUACUUUGUCAGAUAUUCAGGAUCCUUACCUAGAAGUACCAGAAGCCGCCACUUACGAACUCAGCUCCUGCUACAACGUAAGCAUCGACUGUAGAUCAGGAGACAUGAUCGCCAGAAUCCAAACCAGCAGAUUGUUCGACGGCAAAAUAUAUGCCAAGGGAAGUCCAAACUCAUGCGUCAGAGACGUCAACAAUAGCUUGGAAUUCGAACUCAACAUGCCAUAUGAUAAUCUGGAAUGCAACGUGAGGAAAAACGGUUUAGGAAGGUACAUCAACGACGUCGUUAUCCAACACCACGACAAGAUUGUAACCAGCAGUGAUUUGGGAUUAGCUGUGACUUGCCAGUACGACUUGACUAAUAAGAGUGUGACCAAUGAAGUUGAUUUGGGUGUUCAUGGUGAUAUUACUCCAGCUCUAUCAGAAGAAGUAACGGUAGACUCCCCCAACGUUGCCAUGAAGAUCACAGACCGCAAUGGAGAAGACAUCAUGCAAUCCGCCGAAGUUGGAGACCCAUUGGCUCUUAAAUUCGAAAUCAUGGACAAAAACAGCCCUUACGAAAUCUUCGUCAGAGAAUUGGUAGCUAUGGACGGCGUAGAUUCAAGCGAGAUCAUUUUGAUCGACUCCGAUGGUUGCCCUACCGACCACUUCAUCAUGGGACCUAUCUACAAAUCUGCUCUUACUGGAAAAAUCCUACUUUCCCACUUUGACGCGUUCAAAUUCCCCUCAUCCGAGGUAGUACAAUUCAGAGCAUUGGUAACUCCAUGCAUGCCCACCUGCGAACCAGUUCAAUGCGAUGAAGAAGAACCAAACGGUGAACUCCGCUCUGUAGUUUCAUACGGCAAGCGCAGGAGGCGUCGUUCUACCAACUCCGCCCACGAGGAUAUGCUGCUCGUCCAGUCCAUCCAGAUCACAGACAAAUUCGGCUUCGAGAAAGGUAUGAACAAGUCUAACAGUAUCGGAAACGAAGCCAUUUACAUCCCCAACGAAGCGGGAUUCUGCAUCAACGUCGCCGGUCUCAUUGUAGCAGCUACCAUCUUUUUAUCAGCCCAGCUGGCUGUUAUCGCUGCGUGGACGUUCAUCUGGCAAAGAAGGAAGUUCAUGAACAAGCUCGAUAAUAUGUCCGUCAGCGUCAGUAUACCAUCACAGUUAGGAAGCAGUCGUACCGAUAGUCUUUGCAAGUUAUACGAAAACAACGGAUAUACUCACUCCCGUAGGUUCUAG